CUUCGCGAAAAAGAAAUUGACGGUUCCACAAUUCUUGGCGCUAAGAAACACAUGAUGGGGAGGACACGACCAAGCCAUAAACCCUGGCAAAAACUCUUGGCUCUACCAUCAUUUGGGUGGUGCCCACUUUAUAAGGAUCAACAACGCCCAUAUUGUAAUUUCCACAUACAUUCCACUAUACAUUAGCGUGAGGUUAUAGAUUAGCCUUCCCAGAGCCGCCAGCACUUCCCUUGCCCCACAUACCCCCAGCCCCGUUCUGUAAGUAACGCUAAUAGGGUAAUAGUCAUCAUUGCGAGCAACACCCACUAUGAACUACAACUUGCACCCAGUGUCAUACUUGAACGCUUCGUCGUCGGUCAUCAACCCAGACGCAGAGAACUCCUCCAAAAUGGUUGAGUCCGAGUUGGAUAUCGAUAUCGAGUCAAACUCCCCUUCUUCCUCGGGUUCUUCCACCUCGUCUCCCCCUAACAACCAUGAAGGCAGUCCCCACUCCUCAUUCACCUCCAACUCGUCAGCAAACUCGCCCAUCAACGACUUGAAGAGACACACCGGUUCCGAAUACAACCAGCAGCCAGUCUAUGGCCAACUGUCGGUCUUUAACAACCAACAGCAACCAUUCGGCACCCAGCCCCAAUUUGGUUACCCCCCCUUCAAGUCUGAGAGCGACACCCUGGUUUCCUCCAUCUUCCCCUCCGACAAGCAGCAACCCAAGGCCGUCCUCGACGACUCCGAAGACAAGCCUAAGCCAAAGAAAACAUACAAGAAGAUAAAGGAUGAAGACUUGAGAGGCCCUUUCAAGUGUUUAUGGGGAAACUGUGCCAAGAUCUUCGAAACCCCCGAAGUCUUGUACGACCACUUGUGUGACGACCACGUCGGUCGCAAGUCCUCCAACAACUUGUCCCUUGUUUGCAACUGGGAUGGUUGCGGUACUCACACCGUUAAGCGUGACCACAUAACUUCUCACUUACGUGUUCACGUUCCAUUGAAGCCUUUCCACUGUGAAUUAUGCCCAAAGAGUUUCAAGAGACCUCAAGAUUUGAAGAAGCACUCCAAGAUUCAUGCUGAUGAUAACCCAAAGAAGUUGAAGAAGCAACAAAAGUUGUUGUUGAAACAAUUGCAAAGAGAAGCCAAGGAGAGAUCCAGAUCUGGUGUCAAGCCUAUGCCAUACCACGGUGAAGUUGCCUUGCCAUACCCUGGUCAAUACCCAGGCUACGGUUACCCAGUUGGCAACUAUGCUCCUGAGGCAAGCGCCUUCUCCUAUCCUACCAACCAACACCCAGACCAGCUCAAUGAUGCUUACUCUAGAAAGAGAAGAUUUGACAACAACCAAGACAACAUGUAUGUUGUUAAUUCUAUCUUGAAUGAUUUCAACUUUCCUGGUGUCAAUGGUAAUGCUCCUGGUGCCGAAUACGGUGCUAAGAAGUUCAAACAAGGUGAUUCCAGUGCUCAAUACAAUAUUGAUAUGUUCAAUAAAUUGAAUCACUUGGAUGAGCAAUUGCAUCAACAACACCCACAACAUUCAGUGCCUUCUAAUGGUGCUCCUGUUGCUCCUCCAGUACACGCUACUCCUUUGAGCAACGGAGGAAACAACGCCUCGCUUUAUGAAGCUGAAAAAUUCUUCAGCUCCUUGUCCAACUCCAUUGAUGUUCAAUAUCAAAGCAUGGGUGGUCACUAUUCUCAAGGACAACCAGUUUCUCAAGCACCACCACCACAACAAGUGUACCCAUCUUUGCCACAAUUGUCGACAGGCUCUAAGUUUAAUGAUGGCUUGCAACAGAACCAUUACAGCCACAGCCACAAUGUCAACAAUAACUUUGCUCCAAGCUACCCUCAAGUUAACAGAUCUAUUGGAAACUCUCUUGGAAACCACCCAUCGCAUCUUUACCAUAGCCAUCCUCUUGCGCAAGAAUUUGGUGGAGUCUCGACUUACCAAAAAUCAGGACAAUCGUUGGAUGAAGAUUCUUCCGAGUCUGAAUUGUCUGAUUCAGAGUCCGAGCUUGACUCUGAAUCUGAUGCUAGUGAAGAGGAGGAACUUGACGGUUUGUUCAAUCAAUUGUCUAUUAAGAAAGACUCUGAAUUCAGCAUUGCUGAUAUCGAGAAACACAGAGAGAUGGUGCAAAUGGUGUGUGCUUACUUGAGAAAGUCGAUUCAAGAAUCUGAAGCUAAGAAGGAAGAAAAACCUUUGGAAAGCAGCAGCGGCAUUUAUCCUUCUAUUACUGCAUUUUAAUCAGGCAGUAACUCUGCUUGAGGUUAUGGUUGGACUUGGGUUUUACGGAUGUUUUUAGGUUCUUUGAGUUUGGUUUAUUUUUGAUGAUAUUUUUAGGCCCGCAAGCCUUUUCAAUUCUAUUUAUGUGUCAAUAAAACAAUGUU